AUGAAUCCCUUCAUUGUUCCAAAUCUGACUGACUUGGGUAGUCCUUCGACUGGUAAUGAGUCACUAGAAAACAGUCGCAUGUUUGCUCCUGGCAGACCCCAAAACUCGCCCACUUCUUCUGUUCCUGCACAGCUCGAGUAUGCAUGUUCUUCGAGGUCCCCGCCUAGCCGGCAUCAAACAGACGCCGACUCUCUCAUGCCUCAGCUACAUGAGCGCCCUUCCGUUGAGGGCGACACAACCGUCUAUGGUGCCACCAGUCUCCUUCAUGAUAACGCCAGCGGUCAUUUCUGGAAGAGUUCGACAUCAAGCAAAGACGAGACCAAUGCCUUUCUGAAGAGAGUCACCCAGGAUCGACUCAUAGCACAAGCUGCCACGUCGUAUCAAAGAGAACUCGUCUUCUACUCCACGCCUAGCGUCUUAGACAACGCAGACUUUGAUGGCGUCUCUGCGGAUAUUGCGAUGCAUUUACUGAAUCUACACUGGAACCGAUUACACUACACAUAUCUCUGGACAUAUCGUCCUGCAAUCAUGGAUAGCAUCUUCAAAAAUGGGCCCUAUGUCAACAAACUGCUGCUGAAUGCGAUCUUCCUACAGAGCAGUCUAUUCACUGAUCUCAGUAUUGUACGCACAUGUCCCGAAGAUCCUUCGACAACCGGCAUGGGCUUCUACGAUCGCUUCAAGGAGCUGCUUCCUCAACAUAUCGACAAUCCGACUAUGCCUACUGUGGUGGCACUCGUCGUAUGUGGGGUUUGUCUAGUUCCGUACGGCAAACAGAGCGCCGGGUGGGUGUACUGUGGCAUGGCGUACAGAAUGAUGGUUGAUCUAGGCUACCACCUAGACAUCCCGAGCGGUAUUGAUCCCGAGUCAAAGAACGGGGUGUCCGUCACAGAGAUGGAGAUGAGACGGAGGAUCUACUGGGGCGCCUACACAAGCGACAAGUUCCAGUCACUCUACUUGGGCCGUCCUCCGGGCCUUCUCUUAAAGGACGGUAACAUCUCCAAAGAGUUUCUUGAUUCGUACGAGGAAAUGGAGCAGUGGAAUCCUGGUAGUGCAAGUAUCAGCCCAACAGUAAGCUACAAGGGACGUCCGGCCUAUGCAAUCAGCUGCUUCCAAGGUAUGCUGCAGCUUGCUGCAAUAGCAGAAGAGAUCAUACAACACUUUUAUUCCGUCAGAAGUGCUCAGACGCCGAUGCCGGAUCUAUUACAAUUUCGGUCUAAAAUGAGGGAAAACCUCAGUCGAUGGAUGGACAGUCUACCAACUCACCUCCUAUUCGAGCCAGGCAAAGACAACACUCCUCCGCCUAAUCUAGUUUCACUGCAAGUUUCAUACUGGACCUUGGUCAUCUUGCUCGAGCAGGCGUUCUUGAACCGGGGCCACUUCAACUUUUCCAUCGAGCCUGUCUCUGGAGAUGACGGACGUCGGAGGUGCAUCGACGCCGCAUUCAAGAUUUGGCGUCUGUUGGAAGCCUACAACACAUACUUCACGCUCAGACACGCGCAUUACGGGCUGCUUUAUGCUGCGUAUAGCGCUGUGUUGGUCAUUCUUCAGCAUGCCCAUCAAGAUCAAGAACAUUACAUUAGAUGCAUCAGAUUCUUCUGGAUGAUUUUGUCCGAGUACCAAAGAAACUUUGGCCGAGGAUUGCGGAGGCCUUUCAAGGUGCUCAAGUCUUUGAUGCAGCAGAUGAAGGAGGUAUCCCGACAUAUCAGUCUGGAUGAGUCAAGCAACUCCAACGAUCAGCAGCCUGCGGUAUAUUUAACUGAUUCGACAUACAAUUUUGAGACACUCGAUGUGGCUGAAACCACUGGUUGGCCCGACUUUUGGCAGGAGUUGAUGGCUGACAAUACAUCGCUUAUGGAUGACACCAUGUUUGGGCUUUUCACGAAGUAA